AUGUGUAUUUCUAAAGUCUGUGUGCUUUUGGGAUUACUUUUUUGUGGCCAAUCCCGGUGCUCGGAGUGUCCCGGUGGCUGCGACUGCUUUGCUGUCACACACACAUUGAAAUGUGUGUCUAAGAAUCUUCUGAUGGUGCCUCAAAUAAUUCCUGGAUAUGCAAAGACUGUCAUCAUCACAGGGAAUACUAUUCAGAGGAUUGGACCUAAUUCUUUUACAGAGCUGGAGAACGUUUCCCAUGUCAUAUUAAGCAAUAAUGGGAUGACAGAGAUGGCAUCGCACAGCUUCUCCACACUCAUCAACCUACGCUUCCUGGACCUAAGUGGCAACCAGCUGUCUAUCAUCCAUCCGGAAGCUUUAAGCAUCCCUGGCAGUCCGCUUCAGGAGCUCAACCUGAGUUGUUCACUCUACAACUUCACAGCCUUGACAGACCUCACCACAGCUCUGCGUUGGGGGGACCUCCGGGGUCUUCUCCGUUUAGACCUUUCCGGGAAUCACCUCGCUCUGCUUCCUCCAGGGAUGUUCUCCCACCUGCUCAAUCUACAGCAGCUCUUCCUUGGCAACAACUCUCUCGUGGCAGUCUACAGUGGAACCUUCUCUGGCAUGGCAAACUUGGCAGCACUCGAUCUGAAGCACAAUGCUUUCAGGACAUUCGCGACCGAUGAUCUCAAAGAACUGGAGAAGCUGGGGAACAUCCGAAUACUUCUGGGUAACAAUCCGUACUCCUGCACCUGUGAGAUUCAGAGUUUUGUAGCUUGGUUGAAUGAUUCACGGGCUCAGGUAGAUGUGGAUUCUGUGAGGUGCGCCUCGCCCAAGGGAUUGACAAACACCCGACUUCGAGGACUUGGGUUGAAGGCCAUUGGAUGCAUUGUUCCCAUCCAAACAGAGAUUACUGACCUCAGCCUACAGACCUCCUAUGUCUUCCUUGGGUUGGUACUGGGCUUCGUGGGCAUGGUCUUCCUCUUUGUCCUGUAUCUGAAUCGCAAAGGCAUGAAACGGUGGAUCAUAGAAAUGAGAGAUGCAUGUCACGACGUCAUGGAAGGAUAUCAGUAUCGAUAUGAGAUUGACUCGGACCCACGCUUGGGGCACCUCUCGGGCCAAAACGGCAGCAAUAGGCCACGUCAACAUUUAGGAGUCACUCUGUCGCAACAACCACCAAAUGACACUUGCAUUGUUACAGAAGAAGCACAGGUCAAACCUCUAAAAUCUCCUUCUGAACCCAGAAAUGUCCUGUAG